UCAAGGAAUCUCGGCGUGGACAACGCGAGGGAAAAGAUGGCGGCGAUGGCGGUCGGAGCUGCUGGUGGGAGCCGCGUGUCCAGCGGGAGGGACCUGAAUUGUGUCCCCGAAAUCGCUGACACGCUGGGAGCUGUGGCUAAGCAGGGGUUUGAUUUCCUCUGCAUGCCUGUCUUCCACCCGCGUUUCAAGAGGGAGUUCACUCAGGAACCUGCUAAGAAUCGGCCCGGCCCCCAGACACGAUCAGACCUACUGCUGUCAGGAAGGGACUGGAAUACGCUAAUUGUGGGAAAGCUUUCUCCAUGGAUUCGGCCGGACUCAAAAGUGGAGAAGAUCCGCAGGAACUCUGAGGCGGCCAUGUUACAGGAAUUGAAUUUUGGGGCAUAUCUGGGGCUUCCAGCUUUCUUGCUACCCCUUAAUCAGGAAGAUAACACAAACCUGGCUAGAGUUCUGACCAACCACAUCCACACUGGCCAUCACUCCUCCAUGUUCUGGAUGCGGGUACCCUUGGUGGCACCAGAGGACCUGAGAGAUGAUAUCAUUGAGAAUGCACCAGCUACACACACGGAGGAGUACAGUGGGGAGGAGAAGACUUGGAUGUGGUGGCACAACUUCCGGACUUUGUGUGACUAUAGUAAGAGGAUUGCGGUGGCUCUUGAAAUUGGUGCUGACCUCCCAUCUAAUCAUGUCAUUGAUCGUUGGCUUGGGGAGCCCAUCAAAGCAGCUAUUCUCCCCACCAGCAUUUUCCUGACCAAUAAGAAGGGAUUUCCUGUUCUUUCUAAGAUGCACCAGAGGCUGAUCUUCCGGCUCCUCAAGUUGGAAGUACAGUUCAUCAUCACAGGCACCAACCACCAUUCAGAGAAGGAGUUCUGUUCCUAUCUCCAGUACUUGGAAUACUUAAGCCAGAACCGCCCUCCACCUAAUGCCUACGAACUUUUUGCCAAGGGCUAUGAAGACUAUCUGCAGUCCCCGCUCCAGCCACUGAUGGACAAUCUGGAAUCUCAGACAUACGAAGUAUUUGAAAAGGACCCCAUCAAAUAUUCUCAGUACCAGCAGGCCAUCUACAAAUGUUUGCUAGACCGAGUUCCAGAAGAGGAGAAGGAUACCAACGUCCAGGUACUAAUGGUGCUGGGAGCAGGCCGAGGUCCCCUGGUGAAUGCUUCUCUGCGGGCAGCCAAGCAGGCUGACCGGCGGAUAAAGCUGUAUGCGGUGGAGAAGAACCCAAAUGCCGUGGUGACGCUAGAGAACUGGCAGUUUGAAGAAUGGGGAAGCCAGGUGACAGUAGUUUCUUCAGACAUGCGGGAAUGGGUGGCUCCAGAGAAAGCAGACAUCAUUGUCAGUGAGCUCCUGGGCUCCUUCGCUGACAAUGAACUGUCACCUGAGUGCCUGGAUGGAGCCCAGCACUUCCUAAAAGAUGAUGGUGUGAGCAUCCCUGGGGAGUACACCUCCUUCCUGGCUCCCAUCUCCUCCUCCAAGCUGUACAAUGAGGUCCGAGCCUGUCGGGAAAAGGACCGAGACCCUGAGGCCCAGUUUGAGAUGCCUUAUGUGGUACGGCUGCACAACUUCCACCAGCUGUCUGCACCCCAGCCCUGUUUCACCUUCAGCCACCCCAACAGAGAUCCUAUGGUUGACAACAACCGCUACUGCACGUUGGAGUUUCCGGUGGAGGUGAACACAGUGCUGCAUGGCUUUGCAGGCUACUUUGAGACUGUGCUGUAUCAGGACAUAACUCUGAGUAUCCGUCCAGAGACUCACUCUCCUGGGAUGUUCUCAUGGUUUCCCAUCCUCUUCCCUAUUAAGCAGCCCAUUACGGUGCGUGAAGGCCAGACCAUCUGUGUGCGUUUCUGGCGAUGCAGCAAUUCCAAAAAGGUGUGGUAUGAGUGGGCCGUGACAGCACCAGUCUGCUCUGCUAUUCACAACCCCACAGGCCGCUCGUACACCAUUGGUCUCUAAGCCUGUGUGGUCUCAAGAGCCUUGGAAGGAACUUCAGGCUGUGUUCCUGUAGCAGAAGAUGCAGCACGUCUGUGGGCUGUGAUUCCCCUCACCUGUCAGAGAAGAGCAUUUCAGUCUGCUUUCCUACCUUACAUCAGAGUAGGCAAGGGAUAAGAAGUAAUUGCAGGGCUCAUGCCAUCACGUCUGUGGAGACCUCAGGUCAGGGCAUGAGGAAUUAGUGUUGGAUCUGAAGCUACACCCACAGGCACCCAUCCUCAAGAGCUUCCUGGAAAAGCCCUGAGAACAUGUGGAUUGAAUACAUUUUCAGCCCUUUCUUGUUCUUGUUUUGAUGGUUUUGUGUAAGAGGAAGUACAAAUAAAGUAAAAUUAUGGCGCUUUCCUGCUCUA